UUUCAUUCCCCUCUUCCAAGCCAAGAACCGGAAGGACAUUACCUUUCCUUUUUUUUGUUUUAAUCUUUCGCAUCCUAGAGAUUGAGAGAUUUUCAUCUGCCAACGUCCUAAAUAGAAGUCUUGCUGUUGCUCUGACGUUGUAAUUUCUAAGUUCCUUACUGUUUAUCCUGUCUGCAGGGUUUGUCUUCCUCUUACUUAUCCUCUACGUUCCUUCCCCAAAUGUAGAAGGAUAAGGUGUCCCUGCGGAAAUCCAAUCAAAGGCCUCCCCGCCCAUCUCGUCAAAAUCCUUAUCCGAACGCUCCACCUCUCUUAGAUUCAGCCACUCCUCUUCGUCUUCCAUCUUCCUCUCUCUUUCUCCGUUCCUCCGUCUCUCUCCUCCACGUUCUUCUUCUUGUGAUUUUGUUCUUUCUGGGUGUAAUGGCUCAUGGUAUUUUUCUCUCCGGAUACAAAAGCGGCCGAUUUAACCCUUGAAUCUCUCCGAAGCUCUACCGCCGUGGAUUCCAGCCCGACCGAGGAUUUCAUUUGGGUUCUUCCAGCCGUUUGUUUUCUUGGAAUUAUCCAUCCCCGAUAGGUAUUUAGGUAGAUAUAUUAUAGAUAGAUGGCGUUGAUUCUGGACGCGCUGAUUGAGAUCUUGAGGAAGCCCACCGUCGGAAACGUCGUCGCCGAGCUCGCCUUGUUCGCCGCCCCUCUCUGGAUCGCGGUUCUUGUAGGGCUUUUUGUGGGGUGGGCGUGGAGACCGAGGUGGGCGGCGGGUCUGGUUGGGGGGCAGAAUGUCACUCUGGGUGGUCGCCGUGUGCACCUCUCGGAGACAUUGAGCGUCGAUUCUUUCAAGGCUCAGCUACCAAGUAGCAUCAGUUCUUCGAUUUCCGACAAGAGUUCUGGAGAGGAGGCGAGCAUGGUUGUGGUGAGGCCUCCGGAUGGCAAAAGUGAGGAAGUGGCGGUGAUGGAGGAGGAUUUAGAGCACCUCAUCCAGCUCGUCGAGGUGACCGAUGGGGGGCCGAUGUGGCACCAAAUGAUGGACCGGUCUUUGCCGAACAUGAGCUAUCAAGCAUGGCGGAGAGAUCCUAAGACGGGUCCUCCGCAAUAUCGCAGUAGAACCGUAUUUGAGGAUGCAACACCAGAGAUUGUGAGGGAUUUCUUUUGGGAUGAUGAGUUCCGGAUCAAGAAUGGGUGGGAUGACAUGCUCCUCUACCAUGAAACACUAAAGGAAUGUCCGACAACAGGGACGAUGUUAGUUCACUGGAUUCGAAAGUUCCCCUUCUUCUGCAGUGAUAGAGAGUACACUAUUGGUCGUCGGAUAUGGGAUUCUGGAAGAACAUAUUACUGUGUGACAAAGGGAGUGCCAUGCCACUCUGUACCUAGAUGCAAGAAACCCAGGCGUGUUGACCUAUACUAUUCCAGCUGGUGCAUUCGUGCAGUUGAGUCAAGGAGAGGGGAUGGCCAGUUGACUGCCUGUGAGGUGCUACUGUUCCAUCACGAGGACAUGGGCAUCCCAUGGGAGAUAGCAAAACUGGGUGUCCGGCAGGGGAUGUGGAGUUGCGUUAAAAGGAUUGAACCUGGCCUGCGUGCCUAUGAGAUCACCAGGAGGUCUGAUGAGCCACUAUCGCGGUGUGCUGUUAUGGCACAAAUCAACAGCAACCUCAAUGCUGAUGAUCUAAGAUCAUUAGAAGUGGGCACCAGUUCAUCCUCGGAAAUAGUAGAAGCAGAGAAACAGAAGCAUUGGGCAGGGAACAUACCCAAGUUCCUUGUAAUUGGGGGUGCUGUGACCCUAGCAUGUACUCUCGACCAUGGCCUAUUGACCAAGGCAAUUAUUUUUGGAGUGGCCAGGAGGUUUGCGAAGCAAGGAAGGAGAUUGUGAGAUGGAAACAAAAUAACAAAGGAUCCAUCCAGGCGUCUGUGCCAGCCAGGGGUUGGGUUUCUCGGCUUCCCCAAGGCUUCACCAAGCUAUCCCCCUCAUCCGACAGCAAUCACAACAAGUAAUUUUGUUAGGCUUGUAAAAAUUGUUGCCAGCAAAAGCAACAUGAUUGUAUUAUUUAUCUAAUUCAAAAGGAAUAUCAAAUAUGUACUCUUUCCUUUAUGUAAUCCAAUCAUUCUCUCUUAUUUGAUGUUU